AUGUUGGCCAUCGUCUGGUCUCAUAUCCCCAUUGCUGUUCUCGCAUUUCCUGAAGCCACGAAAAGAAGACAUCACGGUUAUCUUUCACAGCCUGAUCCAACCCCUGCAAUCGAGUUUUCCCACUUACAGCACCUCGAGUUGGGCAAGCGACAACAGACCUCUGCACCUGACGACGAUGUUACACUCUCACUAGUUAUCAGUCCUGAUUCAACAUGCGGAUACGUCUCGGGCUCGGCUGGGAGUGGUGUCGUAUGCUUUGGAGACACAAAAUGCACCUGGGAAAUUGGCGACCUCAAGGCUAUUUUCUGCGGCGAGGUUGGACAUUUGAGGUGUCUCAACAGAACCGAUGCAUUGAACACUGAUAUCUGUGACGAUUCCUGCAAGAGCAAUGAAUUCAAUCUUCUUUGUACCAAGACCUAUGAGCCGUAUUGCGGAACAUAUUCCUAUCAAUCCGGUAUCGUGGACUAUCGUUGCAUGCAAUCGUCCAUCAAGGCCCAGAACGUAAGCUUCUCUUAUGAUGGACAAAAAGGUCGCGCUUUCACGACAACAUAUAUCACGGAUAUUUUCUCCACGGGCGAUGAUACAACGACUCCGGCAACCACCCCAUCUACAUCGAGUACAGAUGUGCCUGAACCUACAAACAAAGCUAGUGCCAAGCCUAACGUGGGAGCAAUUGCCGGCGGCACAGUUGGUGGACUUGCUUUGAUUGGAGUUGUAGUAACUGGGAUUUUCUGUCUUUGUCGAAGAAAGAAGCGCGGAGUAUCCCCUGAUGAGCACGAACCACAGCAGCCAACACUUCCACCUCCAGUGUACGAAGCCCCUGCAAAUACUGUCCAGCUUUUCGAAGCUCCAGGUGAUGUAGUAUAUCCCAAAUGUCCUGUAUCCCAUUGA